AUGAGAGGUGCUUUUCUUUUUAAGGAUAGCACGAAGUACAGUUGGUACAUCUCCAGGGGGACACACACGGCAUUGGAUUGGAGCAGACCUCCAGUGAGGAAAUGCUUUUUCGCAAAACUGAGUGGGAAAAGCGGCUCUCAGUGGGUCACCAAAGAUGGGGAACACCCUGCGAAACAAUCUGGGAAAGCUCCCCUAGACGGUGCGUCCUCUCUUCAACACCCCGAACUAAACGGACGCACAAAAAUAAAAGACAUUCUUGGGGCCCAAGUGACGCACAGUGAAGGGAAAAAAUAUACGAUCUGCGGGUGGGUCAAGUCGGUCAGGACAGUUGGGAAAAAUCGCUUCUCCUUUAUUGACGUCAAUGAUGGAUCCCACGUGAAAAACCUACAAGUGGUUAUCGACUCGAGUAUCCCCAACUACAGGGAAGUUUCUCGGUUGCUCACGGAUGAUGCGGUGGAGUGCUUCGGGGAGCUGAAGUGCUCCUUGGGGAAGAAGCAGCAGGUGGAGCUUUGCGUGGAGGAUUCGACGAAAGCGCACUACGUGAAGCUCCUGGGGAGGGUGGACCAAGGGGAGAAAAGCAGCAACAACGACAGGGAGAAAAGCAUCGACAACGACAAGGAGAAACGUGGUUAUAGCGACAGGGACAAAAGUGGUGGUAGUGACAGGGAGAAAUGUGAUGGUGGGGAUGAUGGCGUCCGCCCCGGUCCUGGCAAGCACUACGCUAUCGCUAAGAAGUACCACACGAAGGAACACCUGCGGAACUUCCCCCACCUCCGGGCGAGAACCAAACUCUACAGCAGCGUAUUCAGACUCAAGUCCGACAUAAUAACAGAAACGUUUAAGUUUUGGAGGGAGAAGAAUUGCACAUAUAUCAACACACCCGUGCUGACUAGCAACGACUGCGAAGGGGCAGGGAAGUUAUUUCACGCAACAACGCUGAUGUUGCAGGGGAACCAGAAGGAGACCGUCACGCCGUCCAAGAGCAGCAACGGUGAACACGUCAAUGUAAGUAGUAACGAUGGAUACGGCACUGAUGAAGCAUGCAAGGGGGAUGAUUACCCCCACGAAGGGAGCUCCCCUUUGUCAUUCUCCCGAGAUUUUUUUAAAAAACCGUGCUAUUUGAACGUCUCCAGCCAACUAACCCUAGAAUGUCUGUGCUGUUCCAUGGGAGACGUGUUCACGCUUAACCAGUCCUUCCGGGCGGAAAACUCCAACACGGUAAGACACCUGAGCGAAUUCCUCAUGAUGGAGGUGGAAUUGGCCUUCUCCAAUUUGGCCUCCAUUAUAUCCCUGGCGGAAGAGUACAUUAAAGCGAUGGUAAAUUUUGCCCUGCACAAGUCGGAGGACGUUAACUACCUGCAUGAACACCAUGACCAGACAUUGAAGCAGAAGCUACAGAACGUUUUGCAAAAACCAUUCGUUGUAAUCACAUACGAUGAAGCCGUUCAGGUGAUAAAGCAGCACAUGGUUCAGACAGAUGUACUAUCCCCACGAACAACCGACUUAACAUUCGAGGAGCAGAAAUUUUUAACAGAUGUGCAUUUUUGCUCCCCCGUUGUUGUAAUUAACUACCCACAGGACAUGAAGCCUUUUUACAUGACGCUAAAUCAGGAUGGAAAAACAGUUGCUUGUAUGGACAUCCUCCUUCCGGACGUUGGAGAAGUGGUUGGUGGAUCAGAAAGGGAGAUAAGGAUACACACACUAGAGAGGAGGAUGAAAGAGAAGCGUCUGGAUCUCCGAUUGUAUGAACCAUACUUGGAGCUUCGUCGUCAUGGUAAUAUCCCUCAUGCGGGUUUUGGUCUUGGCAUAGAUAGGCUUCUUAUGUUUCUCACCUCCAUGAGUAAUAUACGGGACGUCGUUCCUUUUCCGCGUUCCCCCGGUUCGCUCUUCAUGUAG